AUGGGUGAUAAUACGGAUGAAGAUGAAAUGAUUUUGGAACCGGGUGAUGCAGCCGCUAUUCGCCCACCUCCAGUGCAAGGAAACGGGAGUUUCCUUGUUAACAAUACUAUGUUGCACCUGCUCAACACCAAGGGCUUAUUUGGGGGUCUACCAACGGAUGACCCGAAUAGGCACUUAAAGAAUUUUCUUGGGGUGUGCACCACUAAUGUGCAUCCAAAUGUCUCCGCCGAGACGGUUAAGUUGAGGCUCUUCCCGUUCUCUCUCACGGGUGAAGCCACCGCAUGGUUGGAUGAUCUUCCAGCCGGUUCUAUUACUACUUGGGCGGAGUUGACUCAAGCAUUCCUCAAGAAAUUCUUCCCUCCUUCCCGGAUGUUACAACUCCGUGACAAAAUCAACAACUUUCGUCAACUUCCAACCGAGGCUUUACACGAGGCUUGGACUCGUUUCAAAAAGAAAGUAAAGAGUUGUCCAAAGCAUGGGUUGCCCGAUAGUGUUCUUCUCCAAACAUUCUACCGAUCACUUGAUACGGUCAACAAGUCGGUAGCAAAUAAUAUUGCGGGUGGGUCUGUGAUGGAAAACUCUUAUGCGGUGAUGAGUGCUCUCCUAGAUAAAUUGACAGAGACCAAUGAAGCUUGGCACACUAGGGAGACGGAAGUGGAUGGAGGAGGUCCUUCCAAGAUUGUCUUGUCUAGGGAGACAAUAAAGAAGGAAGAAGAGAGAGAUGAGACCAUGGCAAAAUUGGUUACCCAAAUGGAUCUCCUCACGAAACAUGUGUUGGGUGGAGGCUCCAAGCGAGUAAAUGUGGUAGGAUCUUGUGAAGGGGAUUCUAUGGAUGAGCAUUGCUUCCAAGUGUGUGAGGAGGAAGCCAAUUUUAUCAACAAUCAAGUGGGGGGUUCCCGUCCGAACUACCAAGGUCCUAAUCAAGGAUCUUGGCGGCAAGGUCAAGGGAAUCAAGGUUGGAACAAGGAUAGCGAAAAUCAAGGGUGGAGCAAAGAUAGUGGAAAUUCUCAUUGGUGGGACAACAAUCAAAGUGGUUACAACAACAAUCAAGUUGAAGAACCCAUCGUUGUUGAGGAAGAAGUGACUCCAAAGAAGAAGCGGGCUAGUAUUGAAAAGCCCAUAAUUAUUGAAGAUGGUCCGGAAAUUGAUGUAGCUUCAAAAGGCGAGGAAGCGGUAGAGGAGAUGCCAAGGGCUUUACCGCCCGUUCUAAAGCCUCCUCCUCCAUUUCCUCAACGAUUGGCAAAGAAAGCGGAUGAUGAAAAAUUUCUCAAGUUUAUCGAGAGAUUGAAAGGGCUUUCAAUUAACAUUCCCUUGGUGGAAGCACUUGAACAAAUGCCCGGUUAUGCCAAAUUCAUGAAAGAUCUUGUAACCAAGAGGAGACAUGCUAGUUUUGAAACGGUGGGAGUUACACAUCAUUGUAGCUCUAUUGUGACGAAGGCCUUGGUUCAAAAGAAGGAAGAUCCGGGAGCUUUCACCAUUCCUUGCACAAUUGGGAUGUAUAAAUUUGCCAAAGCACUAUGUGAUCUUGGAGCAAGCAUUAACUUGAUGUCGCUCGCUAUUUUUAACAAGUUAGGUUUGGGCACUCCCCGACCCACAACAAUGAGAUUGCUAAUGGCGGAUAGAACCGUGAAGAAACCGGUUGGUAUCCUCUAUGAUGUGCUUGUGAGAGUUGAUCGAUUCAUUUUUCCGGCCGACUUUGUGAUCUUGGAUUGUGAAGUUGAUUUCGAGGUGCCCAUAAUCUUGGGAAGACCUUUCUUAACCACGGGGCGUGCUCUUGUAGAUGUGGAGAGGGGUGAUCUAAAAUUUAGAAUGAAUGAUGAAGAGGUCACUUUUCAUAUUUGCAAGUCAAUGAAACAACCAACGGAUAUGAGUGUUGUGUCGGUUAUUGAUACAAUUGAUGAAGCCAUGGAGACAACCGUUGAGCAUAAACAUGUGGGUGAUAUGUUGGCGGCGGUGAUAAUGAACUAUGAGGGGGAAAAUGAAGAAGAGUUCGAGGAGACAGUUAAUGCAUUGAUUGGGUUGGGGUCAUAUCACUACAAUCCAAAGAAGCUUGAUCUUGAUUUAGAAAAUCGAGCAACUCCUCCCGCAAAGCCCUCCAUUAUUGAGCCUCCUACUUUGGAACUCAAACCUCUUCCUUCACACUUGAGGUAUGAAUUUCUUGGUCCUAACAACACAUUGCCCGUGAUUAUCGCCCGGUUAACGAAUGAGCAAAGAGAAAGGUUGUUAGUAAUCUUGAGAAGAUACAAAAAAGCUAUUGGUUGGUGUAUUGCGGAUAUCCAAGCGAUUAUGCUCGAUAUUUAUAUUCAUAAAAUUCAACUUGAUGAAGAGUGUGAGCCAAGCGUUGAACAUCAAAGGAGGUUGAAUCCUCCCAUGCAAGAGGUUGUGAAGGUCAAAAUCAUCAAGUGGUUAGAUGUCGGUGUUGUGUAUCCGAUAUCGGAUAGCUCUUGGGUUAGUCCGGUUCAAUGUGUGCCCAAAAAGGGUGGAAUCACUGUUGUUGCAAAUGCUAAAAAUGAAUUGAUUCCCACUCGUACGGUCACCGGAUGGCGGGUUUGCAUGGAUUAUCGAAAGUUGAACAAAUGGACCAAAAAGGACCACUUCCCAAUGCCAUUCAUGGAUCAAAUGCUUGAUAGGCUUGCGGGAAGGGAUUAUUAUUGCUUUCUUGAUGGCUAUUCCGAGUACAACCAAAUCACCAUUGCUCCCGAGGAUCAAGAGAAGACCACUUUCACUUGUCCUUAUGGGACCUUUGCUUUCAAGAGAAUGCCCUUUGGGCUAUGUAAUGCACCCACAACUUUUCAACGUUGCAUGAUGUCUAUCUUCUCCGACAUGGUUGAGGAGUCCAUUGAAAUCUUCAUGGACGACUUUUCUAUAGUAGGGGAUUCCUUUGAUGAAUGCUUAGAGAAUCUUGCCGAAGUAUUGAAAAGAUGUGAAGAGACGAACUUGGUUCUAAGCUGGGAGAAGUGUCACUUCAUGGUUAGAGAAGGCAUUGUCUUGGGGUUUUGUAGAAGAUUCAUCAAGAAUUUCUCCAAAAUAGCCAACCCUCUAUGCAAAUUGUUGGAGAAAGAGUCGAAGUUUGUAUUUGAUGAUGCUUGUUUGAAGGCAUUUGAGGGCUUGAAAGAGAGACUCACAUCGGCUCCUAUCAUCAUUGCUCCAGAUUGGUCCCAACCUUUUGAGUUGAUGUGUGAUGCAAGUGGAUUUUCCAUGGGGGCUGUUCUUGGCCAAAAGCGUGAUAAGAUCUUCCACCCAAUUUACUAUGCAAGCAAGACUCUAAACGGUGCCCAAAUGAACUACACUGUCACCGAGCAAGAGUUGCUUGCUAUUGUGUUUGCUUUCGAGAAGUUCCGGGCUUACUUGUUGGGAACCCAUGUGAUUGUUCACACCGACCAUGUGGCUUUACGUUACCUCAUGACAAAGAAAGAUGUAAAACCAAGGUUGAUACGUUGGGUCCUUUUCUUGCAAGAGUUUGACUUCGAAGUCAAAGAUAGAAAGGGUUGUGAAAAUCAAGUGGCGGACCAUUUGUCUCGUCUUGAAGAGGGUGGGUGUCCAUUGGAUGGCCUAGAAGUCAAUGAGUCAUUCCCGGAUGAGCAAGUUAUGGCGGGGUCAUAUGAUAUGAUUCCAUGGUAUGCCGACUUUGCAAAUUAUCAUGCUAGUGACAUCAUGCCGGAGGAUUUGAACUUCCACCAAAAGAAAAAGUUUUUGAGUGACUUGUUCGAUGUAUGGGGCAUUGAUUUUAUGGGUCCAUUUGUGAGUUCCUACAAUAACAAGUACAUUCUUGUGGCGGUGGACUACGUGUCUAAAUGGGUGGAAGUUGCGCUCCCUAAUAAUGAAGGAAGAAGUGUCACCGCAUUCUUGAAGAGGCAUAUUUUCUCAAGGUUUGGAACUCCAAGGGCAAUCAUUAGUGAUGGGGGCUCUCAUUUUUGCAACCGGUUAUUCAAGACUCUUCUUGAGAAGUAUGGAGUCAAGCAUAAAGUUGCCACCCCGUAUCAUCCCCAAACAAGUGGACAAGUUGAAGUUUCAAAUAGGGAGAUCAAGAGCAUACUCUCCAAAACAGUGAAUGCUAAUCGGACCGAUUGGUCAAAGAAAUUGGAUGAUGCUCUAUGGGCUUACCGAACGGCUUACAAGACACCAAUUGGCAUGUCUCCUUAUCAAUUGGUGUUUGGCAAAGCUUGUCAUCUUCCGGUGGAACUUGAACAUAAGGCGUUGUGGGCCUUGAAAAAGUUGAAUCUAGAUUGGGGUGAUGCCUCAAACUUGAGGAUGGAACAACUUAAUGAGCUUGAUGAAUUUCGAUUUAGAGCUUAUGUUAGCUCUUCACUCUACAAGGCCCGCAUGAAGCACUUCCAUGAUAAGAAGAUCUUGCAAAGAGAAUUUAGCCCUGGGGAUCGCGUAUUGUUGUUCAACUCAAGGAAUGACAAAGAGAAUAUGCCCAAGUGUUGGGAGGAUGAAAAGAGUCAAGGAUUCAAAAACAACUCGGGCACACUAUGCGGUUGA